AUGAAACUGCUUAUCGUCGUCGACGGCGUGCGGCACGAGGUGGUCGCCGCCGGGUCCUACACUGUCGCCGAGCUUCUGCAGAGGAUGGGCAGCACGUGCCUAAGCGGGUCAGUUGACGGAGUGCUCUCGCUCGGCAACUUGAUACUGCCUGCAGACGGCUCUCCUCUCCUUAGCUUUCUCUCGCGCCGUCACAUGUACUCGCUCAUCGCUUUGCUGCACGGUGUCAGGCACAACGCUGCUCUCGCCGCGCUCGGGUCUGCCUCUGCUACGCUCGAGCGGUUUGAGGCGGCGGUUGCUGCUGGCGACGCGCCGCACGAGGAGGAGCUCACGCGCCUGUUUGAGCUUGUCGACGCGGCGCCUCUCGACGGGCUGAGCGAGGCGCAGCGGGGGGAGUGCCGGAGACGCCGAAAGGCGAUCGUGGCCCGGUUGGAGGCACUGAGCAGGAGCAGGGAGUAA